CACGUCUUCUCUCUCUCCCCCCCCUUUGGUCUCACAGAGCUAAUCCCCGGCGCUCGCUCGAUUCCCUGCUCUCUUCGUUGGUCUCCGCCGCCACCCCCUGCUUCUCGUCCUCCCCGUCGGCGGCAGCGCUCUCCAAGGUUCCUCCCCAGAAAAGAUUGCGCGCGCUGCAUUGUGAUGGUUAAUUUGUCACGCGUGAGGACUUGACGCCAGGACAAAUUUCCAGACACAGCCAUCUUUUGCUGGGUGAAGGUAGAAAGCACAAAGUGUGAAAGGGCUAAUGGAAGCAUAAAUCAUGCAGAAUCGGAUAUGGUGAUAAGAUCUUAUCGCUUUACAUCAGGAAGUAAGAAUACAACAACUUCUCGGUCUCAUCUAUAUGAUAUAGGGGUGAGCAUUGCCAGUGUCAUCUCAUUUCAUCAGCUGCGGAAUUAAUGGGAUCAAAUAGGCUACCCUUUGGAUUCAUUUCGGGAGGAUAUAGCUGCAGUGAGCAAUAUGAUUGGCAGCAGUUAACCCUUCGUCAAAGAGAACAAGCAACAAGGGAGCAACCCCAUAGCAGUGCAAACUUGAGGUACCCUGUGCAUAUACCCAACAGGACUGAGAGGACUAGUCCAUCCUUUGAUUGUGUUUGUGAUUAUGCAAAAGGGGCCGAUGGACAUAUUCAUGAUACGGUAACCCUUGGCAAGGUUUGUCAGUUUAACGGGGGAAGUAGCACUCAGAAUGGACCUUAUCAAGCGGACCAAUAUCUGCCAUCUUACUUUCCAGUUGACCAUUUUUCUGAGAUAGAUGAAGCACGGCAUCGGGCUUACAUGGACAGCUUCUACACUGACAAUAAUCCUGAUCACACCUCAGCUAGUCGGUUGCGUCAUAGGGAUGAACAAAGGAAAGCUUACACCAAGAAGCCAUUUAAGAAAUUGCACACUAUAAAAAAUUCAAAAAAACUGCGCACUAUCCAUCCUAGGCAACCUGAGCUUUCACUCCGUGAGGGUUUUCAUGAUAGGUUGGGCAUUAGAAAUUGCAGGAAUGCUUAUCAUGGCAAGAGGUUAAAAACAAAACCGGCAAGAUGGAGUUCUCAGAAAAACAAUUCCAGUGUGCCUUGUGUUGGUAAACAUGGGAGAAGCAGUCGGCAGACAAGAUCUGGAGAACAACCGUUUGAACAGGAAGCUGAGAACAGUAGACACAAAAGGUAUGGAGGUCAGCUGGUCGGAGAGAAAGCUAAGAAGCGUAUGAUUUAUGAGGGGCACCCUAAAGGAUUAUGUUCACGUCGUGAGCAGGAUGAGCAUCUGCAUCAUGAGGUACAUCAUAGUGGUUCUGAUACGAUGAGAAAUGACAAUUGGGAGAAAAAUGCUGAAACAAACGAUGAAGUAGAUCAUAAUGGAGCAGAAGGGAACUGCCAUCUAAUGAAGAAUAUUCGGGCCGCUGCUGCUACAUGCUGUGGCUCAACAAAGUCUAAUGAAAACUCACAUGUGUUAUGUCCCAAGUACAGCAGCAAAACCAUCGCUUCAUCUAAUGAGCCAAAAGGGAGUAGCAACAUGAAAUUAGUAUCUGACAAGCAGCCAAGUGUUGUUGGUUGUACCAAAAGACCUCGAAACACAAGAACUGGAGACAUUUCGACACGUAACCUGCAGAAUCUCUCAGUCACUCAUAUGGAGAAGGGCGUGCAUACAAAGCAAGCUGAUAAUACUUCUCAUUCUGAAUUACUUCGCGAAUGUCUAGAUAUUUGGAGAAGAAGAAGAUUAAGGAAGGAAAGCAGUGCUGAAGCUAAAAAACUAGAUCAAACAGGUACUGCGAGGCAUGAAUGGUCUGCUUCUUCUUGUAGCUCAGAAAGUGAUGAUGAAAAUGUCAAUGCAUCUGAGAGUGCUUCUGGGAACUCAGAAAGUGCGGCUGAAAAUGAUACUGAAUUGGAGAAUUCCCAAAAAUGUAGAGGUGCAACGUCGCUUGAUGGAGUACAAAACCGUGGUGAGGGAAGAACAAUGAUAAAUACAGAGCAGCCCUUCAGAUGCCUCAGUGGUACAAACUACAACAAAAGCUCAGCCAAGCAAGGGCUGAAGUGCAAUCUGGAGGUUUUGCAAGAACCACAUCCAGGUGAAAUCAUGCAGCAAAAGGAAGAGAAUAAACUUCCAUGCUGUCUACCAUCAACUGUUCAUCCAAAUGGCAUGAUACAAACUAGUCACAACAGUUGUUCUGAUACUAGCAAGAAACAAACUAGACGGAACAACUGGGCAGAUAUUAGUAAGGUAGAUCAAGCAGCUACUUAUCCUGAUAGUAGUGUGUAUCGGAAUGUUUCUCAGCACGAGACUGGCAAUCAUUUGGAUGAUGGGAGAAAAUAUAAACUGGGCAUCGGCUGUGAAAUUAAAAGGAAAGCAGCACAAGGCGAUGGUGCCAAAUGGUUUGAACAAAUGCCCAGUUUGAUAACAGGUCCAACACUGCUGGAUCAAAAAAGUCUUGCAGUUUGCUCUCCUGAUGAUGGUAAUGUGAAGGUCUGUGGGUCAGAGUGUUCCAAUCAGUGCAGUAAAACUACUUUAGAAUUGGAGAAAGGGAAGAAGUAUGUCAAUUGCUCCAGUGGAACUGACUGCAGAGUCAUAAAAAUUUGUUCCAGUGGAGGUGAUUGCAGAGACAUCCGACAAGAUACCAUGAAUUGCAGAAGAAAGAGGCAAGUGUCUUUAUCUCUGGCAGACUCUGAAAAUGAUAAAGGAACAAAGGAAGAUUAUCAGCCACCUGGAGUUCUUGAAGUGACAUCAAAUCGACAGAUUUCCUGCCUAUCUGAUGUUGGCAUAAAAAUACCUGAUGUUGCUAGACCAGCUGAUUGCACCCCACGUUUUACAAUACCAGACUUAAAUUGUUUGCCUAGUAUGAUCGCAGAUGAAGAAGAAUUCGAGGCAUCUCAAGAAGUGAUUAAUCAAGUAACUGGGCACGGUUCGGAACCACAUGAUGCUUGUCCGAGCCUUUCCGCCUUUAGUGGGCCUGCUGUGCAGGAAGAACAGUUUAAGCAACCAGAGAAGAAUAAAUUUGUCGGAGGAAUUUGCGCAAGAAUGGUUGCAAAUGGUUCACGGAUCUCUGAUUCACACAGUGCAAAGGGCGCGGUUAAUCAGGCAACUGGGCAGCAUACUAGUCAGAGCUUUUCCGCCUUUAGUGGGCCUGCUGUGCAGGAAGAACAGUUUAAGCAACCAGAAAAGAAUGAAUUUGUUGGAGGAAUUUGCGCAAGAACGGUUGCAAAUGGUUCACGGAUCUCUGAUUCACAUAGUGCAAAGGGAGCGGUUAAUCAGGCAACUGGGCAGGAUACUAGUCAGAGCUUUUCAGCCUUUAGUGGGACUGCUGUGCACGAAAAACAGUUUAAGCAACCAGAGAAGAAUGAAUUUGUCGGAGGAAGUUGCACAAGAACGGUUGCAAAUGGGUCACGGAUCUCUGAUUCACAUAGUGCAAAGGAAGCGAUUAAUCAGGCAACUGGGGAGGAUACAAGUCAGUGCUUUUCAGCCUUUAGUGGGACUGCUGUGCAGGGAAAACAGUUUAAACAAUCUGAAAAGAAUGAAUUUAGUGGCGGAAUUUACGAAAGUGAGAUUGCAAAUGGUUCGCGGAUCUGUGAUUCACAUAGUGGGCCACCAAAACUAAGUACUGAUGAAGAAAGUAUCACAGCAUUCAAAUGUGCCCUCGGCGAAUUCAUAAAAAAUAUCUUAAGGCCUCUGUGGGAAGAAGGCCUCUUAUCUCGUGAGGUCCACAAAAUUAUAGCGAGGAAAGCCGUGGAUAAAGUGGCCUUGACAUUGGGCCCAAAGGUGCCUCGUACAGAAGCAGCCAUCUUUAGGUUUUUUGCAGAGGAAUCUCAGAGUGUAGAACAACUCGUUCAGGGUUACUUGGAUAUAUACCUGGGAAAGCAAGUUCUUAGGAGAACUAUGCCUGGUAGUAUCUGACCAAUCACGGGAAACCCCAUGCAGGUUAUAACAAGUAGGCGUAAACUUUGCGCUAAAAGGAAGAUAUGUUCGGAGUCAACGGAUCUUCCUUCUGCCCACGACGAGCCACUUUUACUUGUGAAGCACUUGUCUAAGUUAAAACAGGUCUGAUCUAAUAUAACACAAAUGGCUUAUACAGGGUGAUGCAGCCAAAUUUUGAUUUGUAGCGUGCAUUUCCAUUAUCUAGGUCUCUUCUCACAAUGUGCAAAUGUCAUGAAGGCAUUUGGUUUUGUAACCUGCGCUUUCGCUUUGCUUAGAAUUACCAAUUGUUUGUUUAUUUAUUAUAUAGGACAACACAGAAUCAUUACUAUUAUCUUCAGCUAGGCUCGGGGUGCAGGCCGGUAAUGACACCCGGAUAAAACAGCAAAACGCAACCCCUCCGCUAUUGGCAAACAAAUGAGCUUGCUGUUA